AUGCCUGUUGGCCCUCAGGAGCAUUCGGUAGUCCAGACUGAGAUACUGCCGGCGGUUUGUUUUGGGCUAUACACAGUGCACUGUUUGAUGAGGCUGGUAACACCAUAUAUAAUUGCACCAACAAUAAGUGCAGAAACAGAAGCAGCAAUUUUUGUUGUUCGGGCGAGCACGAUUCGUAACUGCUUCAAUUUGGUCUCCACCAAACAUUCUAGCCAUACCAAAACUGCAAUCGGAAUUAUGGAUAAACCAUCUAGCUCUUCACCAAAAAAAAAGAAGACUAGAGGUGUCACAGCAUUGCUACGUUUCAUUGCCAAACUUCCUGAUGGUGAAAAAUACCAAAUUGAUUUUGAUCCUGAUACCUUCCAACCCAUUGGUCAGUAUGCUGCAAAGUUUAAAAGUUAUUUGUCAUUCAUUGCACGUAGCAAGGUUAGUAUAAAUGAAAAGCAAUGGAAAAAGAUAAGCGAUAAGUUGAAGGACGUGAUAUGGGACGAUAUCACGUGUAAGUUCACUUGCCCCACUGAUAAAGAAUUUAGGAAGCAUUGGUUUGUUUAUAUGGGGGAACGAUUGAAGCAAUUUAAGACAUUGCUCUCAAAUGUCUAUAUAUUUGGGAAAGGAGAUAAGCAUGGAAAUACAACUCCAUUUGAAAAGUAUAAAUUUAUCAAAGAAGAAGAUUGGGAUUUGUUUGUCCAGACUCGACAAAAAGAAGAUUUUCAAGAGAAAAGGCUAAAAGGAAAGACACAUGCAUCAAAGAAUAUCCACCCUCAUAUUUUGUCUCGUGGUGGUUAUGAAAAACUUAGGGCCACCGUAAUGGAAGAGAGGAGGAAAAAAGUGAUUGAAGAGGCCAAAGGAAUAAUAAACAUAAUAACAAAAUAUGAGAAAAAAGUUCGGGAGGGCCCUCAUGGGCAUCAACAAGAUAACGGAUGGGCAUGUGGAUAUUAUGUCAUGAAAAAUAUGUUUGACAUUAUUGAUGCUUGUAUUGUUGAAAGAUUCAAUGAGAUAUUCACAGACACCUCAUCAUAUGAAAAAGAGUCAAUUGAUCACAUCCGACAACUUUGGGCUCAAUUCUUUUUGCAAAAGGUUGAAGAGCAAGAGAACCAGGAAAAGAAAGAUUUAAUGACAAAACAGAAGCGAUUAAAAAAAACUUAUAUAUAG